AUGACUUUGAAAAAUUCGGACGACGCCUUUCUUGUGUGUGGAAUAGACUUCAAGCUAUCGCUUUUGUCAAAAACACCUCAUUAUCAGGCAAAUCAGCAAGAACUAGCCUCAGACUAUGAUAGGAUGGUACAACACGAGAAACCAACCAAGAACAUCUGGGGUGAUCAUGAAUAUCAUCGGUCGGCAUCUUUUGAUAGGGAUGAAUAUGAUCCACACAAAGACCCUAAAGGUUAUCAGACGGGGAGCGAUUGGAAUGAGGCUGGACCGAACACUCACUUAAAACAUAAUAACCCUGGAGAAAAAGAAGGAUACCACAAAUCCAGGCCUGGUUAUAACAAUAUGGAACAUCAUAGUCGUCAAUCUCAACGGUACCCCGACGUAAAUGAUCGAUAUAUGAAUACUCAAGAUGAGCAAUUUGAAAGUAAUGAUGAAGAAAAUAGAUACAAUGAAAAGUUUGGAAAUGAUGGAAGAUUUCAAAAUGAAAAUAAUCCAAACACAAAUAAAAAUCCGCAUUCAACAACGACAGAUCUAUUUCAAAGAAAUCCUUCAGCCACUAUUGCUACUACAGAUGGUAUGAUUUCGCAAGAAAAACUUGAUGAAAACCUACAUGAAGUAUUGUCCGGUUACCCGACUGACUCUAGUGAGAUGAAUGAUACAAACAAUAACAAAGAAGAGCAGGAUAUUCCAGUCGGUGCUGAUUCUGAAAAGGAGGAUACUUCACUGGAAAAAGAAGAAAAUAUUGACCAAGAGGUACCAGAACCUAAUUCCCAGAAUAAUGAUAACGGGGAGAGACCGACUUAUGAGCUAACACAUGAGACUUCCACGUCAUUAAUUUCCCAAAAGGAAUUAGCAGUCAUACCAAUCUAUACCACCGUGCCAAUUAAGUCUACAUUACUACAGAGUUCGAAAACUUCGCAAGAGCAAACCGUAUCGGAGCAGAAGGUUAACAGGAAAACCACAGUGCACAAAAAUGAUAAAAUCGCAACAGGGAAACCUACAAUUCAUAAGAAUGGACGUAUUAGGACAGUUAAACCUGUAAUUCAACAGAAAACUCAAGAAUCAACAGAAAUGCAUGAUACUAAACACACUUAUAAAACAGAUGUGAAUCAGGAUACUGACAGGCCGGAGAUAACAGUUCACAAUAACAAUAAUGGUAGAUCCAUGCCGGGUAUCGAUACGAGAUACAAAACUGACAAAAAUGUUGUUACACAACAGCGAAUGAGUGUCAAUAGUGGCCCAAUUGAUAAAGGUGAUUUCAGGGAAGACCCAAAAACUGUUAAAAAAACAAAUAAUAGCACUAAUGAUAAGACAAUACAUGAUUCAAGGCUUCGUAUAUUCGAUUCUUAUUAA